AUGAUAGGUGUCGAAUUCGCUAUUGAGCAGGCAAAUCCUCCAUCUUUCUUUUUAAUUAAAAAAUGGAAGAGAAUCAGCGAAACUGAAGCAAUACCUUUAGCAACUUAUUAUAUAAUUCGAGGAAUUAUAUAUCAAGCACCAGAUUUACAUACGAUAAUUGGACGAAGAAUUUAUUCCAGUUUAUAUCACCUUCAUAAUGUUUUCAAUAAUAUUCGUGAACACGUAAAUUUUCAUCCUGCAACUGGUUACACCUGGAAAAGUAAUGAAGAUGACAGCCAUGCGACUUUAGGAAAUUCAAGAACCGCACCUUUAGUAGAUAAAGGCUUGAAUGAAUUUCGUCAAGCAGCCGAUAUAGCAUAUUAUUCUGUUACACGCAGAUUAUUUGAGGAACAAGAAAGAAAUAUUGCUAGUGUUCAAGAAGACAAUGAACGAGAGCGUGAACGAAUGAAUGAAGCUCUAUUACUUCAACAAACUGCUCUGGAAGAAGAAAAGACAGCCGACGAAUCAUCGGAAGGGCAUACUACAAAAAAGAAAGAUGUUAAAAAAAAGAAACGGAAGAGGGCAAGAAUAUCUGAUGAAUCAAAGACCGGAACAAAAAAGAAGAAAAGGAAACAUGAAAAGAAAUUUCACAAGUUAUCAGAUUCUGAUACAUCAGUGAAGGAUAUCUCACGAAAGAAUAGCAUUUCUGGAUCAACGCCCGGUGAUUCUUUUACGGAUUUUUAA